AAUAGUGAAUGCUCUUGAAGUUUAUCAUUAGACCAGUGAUUAUAAACAGUUAAACCCAUCACACACAACAUGGCGAACAUGGACACGUCGCCCCGCCCACUGUUUUACUUUGGAUAAAGGCAGAUUUUUGGGCAGUGCUUGAAAACCAGAUUUAAAGACUGUCCCAUCUGGAAGAUAGCAUCAGGAUAGAAGCUGCUCCUGCUCACUGGAUGACACUUCUGUUUGUGUGUUCAGGACUCGGGUGGAUGUCUCCGUGAGCAUGUGCGCUGUAUGAUGCGCUCGCUGCAGGACUUGAAACAGCUACACCGGACUUGUGCCAUGCCGGCCUCCUCUGGCCCCUGCAAGGUGCUGAUUGGACGGCGCGAGCGACGAGCGCGGCUCAGAGUCAGCGACGCCAGCGACACCAGCAGCUCUGACUCGGCCUGUCGGCUCUCCUGCCCCGUGGAGGACGAGGACAGCAGCGCGGCCAGCAGUCUCGAAUUUGACUCUGGCUACUCUGAGGCAUCGUGGCCUGACGAGGGACCUGUGGUGCUGCGCAGAAUCAGAAAAGUGCGCGCUGCUUCGGUCGAUUUUGAUCUAGAACCAAGCCCCCGUCCCAGAAUACGUCCCAAAUCUACGUCGGACGCCUGCCUGGAAAAGUGGACGUCGUUCGAAGUGCCGAGUGAACCGGAGGACUGGACGGCGGCACUGCUGACACAAGGGCGCAACCGCCAUCCGCUCGUUCUCGGGGACAACAGCUUCGCUGACCUCAUUCAGAACUGGAUGGAUUUGCCAGAGUGCCCAUCAGAACCGACGGAACCGAAGCCGAGCACAAGCAAGCGGCUAGCCAAGGACUUUCUGGUCAACGUGAGGCGGAGGAUAGCGAGAAUUUCACAGAACUUAGACGGGCAGAAAAAGCUGGUUUUGGACUCAUCUCGUUCAAACAGAGCUGCCACGGCGACCAAACGUCUCUCGUGUCCUGUCGAUGUUCCACGGAAUGUUCCAUUUUUCCACAAAUCUCACAUGGACCUUCAGGAACAGGAUACAGAUUUUUACCGUUUCACAGCACUCAUGAAGACCGGCAGCCGGCAGCCCAUCAUCUGUAACGACGUCAUCGGAUACAUAUGAGUGACCGAGCGGAUUAUCUGACUGAACGGACUCUGAUCUUUACGGACGUGUCGCUUUUAUACCAAACAGCUGUAUUAUUGUUGCCAUGAUGCUAAUGGUCAAGCUAACGAUAAUAAUGCGCCUACUAUAGUAACAUUAUUGUAAUAAAAACACCUUGUACAUUUGAA